AUGAUCGCGAGAGCGCGGAAACUCGUGGACUUGGUUGAAAGUGGGGCGGGCACUGACGUGAGCAUAGAACUGGUUCCGGACUGCGGUGAUGAAGGAGCGAGACGGAUAUUUGUUUUGGAUGCAGAGAGAACGUUUAAGGACCCAAAACACAGAGAGCAGAUGGUAUCAGUGUUACAGUCCUUGUGGCCCGAGUUACAGGACUACCACCAGGGCUUGGGUUUCUUGGUUGCCUUUCUGCUGCUUUAUCUGCCGCCUGAAGACGUUGCAAAGGUUGCGAUCGGGUUACACCGGCACUAUGUACCUGGAUAUUUUAAGUCUGCCCCUGCAGCAUAUGUGCGUGAUGCACGAGUAUAUCAAAAGCUCAUGCACAAGUUCUUCCCGGAGAUAGCAACAAGCAUCGAAGACCUUACCUGUCCGGAGGCUUACGUCUCCAAAUGGUUCAUUGGAAUGAAUGUUCAUGUGCUAACAUUCGAGGCAAUGAUGAUGUUCCUUGAAGCUUUCCUAGAAAAGAAGGACACUUUUCUUUUUCAGUUUGGACUCGCACUUCUGAAAAAUGUACAGCCAGACCUGGUUGCUACGAAGGACGUCUCUAAAACUCUCGCUGUCCUGAGGCUGGACCAGUCACUCUACCCCAACACAAAGCAGGCUGAAGGAAGCGAUGAACCUGGUUCCUUUUUCACUCGCAUUGUCGAAGACGCUAUCGACUUCGAUCUAGGGGACGCCGACAUUGAGAAACUCAGGGAGCAAGCACUGGAAGAAAUGCGUCUGGAAGAAGAAAAGCGGAAGGAACGCGAGAAGCAGUUGGGACUCGACAGCGACGACGAAAUCGUUUUCUCUGACGAAGAAGAUGAAUAA